ACGGGAGGGAGAGCAGGCGGGAACGAAAGGGAAGGAAUGAAAGUGAAACAGAGCAGCGAGAGCGCAACGUUUUCCUGCGAGCGUGCCUUCUGGAAGAGUGCUAGAAAAUACGCUCACACACACUCAUAGUGGGAUUUUCCGUCUUCCGUCGAUCCAGGGGUGAAUUUUCCGCUCUUCUCUAGAGCGUGGCGCGCUAUACACACAGAACACACACACACACACACGAGCAGUAUUUUUGUUCCGCUCUUCUCUCCCGACUGGGCAGGCCAGCGGAUCAGGACGAGCGGACAGAGCGUAGUGCGCGCCUGGGGAAAGAGGCAGUUUGGAGAAGAGGACGAGGAGGGGGAAAAAAUACUCGGAAAAGUCGAGCACACACAUUGCUACGUUUUCGCGGUGGUUCGACUAAAUGCUGCAGCAGCAGCAGCAGCGGCAGUGGCAGUAAAUUCGUAUCGUUCGUGCGUUCGUUACGCGCCGUGCAAACGCAGCAGCAGCAGCAGCAGCAGCACUCCAAAAACAAGCUGUUUGGGACAGGCCCAAGGGGUGGUAAAUCGGUCGGUGGAAAAGCGUUGCUGAAGCAGCAGGCUCCGUUUUGCGGGCGUCCGAUGGUGAUGGUGCGUCCGGUGGUCGCGUUGCCGUAGCGAAGACGUAGCGGACCCAACGUGGGCAGGUUCGAAAUUUUGCGCUGCGCUCUCCGUGUGUGUAUGUGUGUGUGUGUAUGGUGAUCUGCGGCGCGCCACGGGUGGAAAAGGCACGCCAAGCAGCGCGGGGAGUAACAAUUCACCCACUGUGCUCGAAAUUAUAGGAAAAAAGUGUAUAGUGCUCCGCUCGAAAAAAUUGGAACCAGCUGAAGGACGGGGAAAUCAGCGUUUUCCUCCACGUUAGACACAAUUUAGACGGAGUUUUGGCAUAUCGUGUGUGUGUGUGUGUGUUCGUGUGAGUGUGUGUGUUUGUGUGUCUGCCAUCAACACCCUCCCCUUCUCGCUCUGGGGCAGCAGGAGCUGCCCGGAAGCCAUCCGCCAAUCAAGCCCCAAACGCCAACCAAACGCAAAUAGCGCCACCAAUCAGAGCAAAACAGAAGGUUUCGGCCGGCCAGCAACGUACGUGACCAGCCGGAGAGCCGCUCGUUAUCUUCCCCCCUCUUCGCCCUCGGCCACCGUACCCCGCGUGGGAAAGGGGAAAAGGAGGAGUGAUACCGGUACUGCCUGGUGUCUUCAAUCCCCCCCCCUCUCUGUCUGCCCAGGCGCCCGGCGCCCCAAACGUAGCCCACGUGCCGCAGCGAGGACGCAACCGGUCGACGCGCGCCGUCAGCUCCAGCCGCCCGACGAUGGACGCGACGGUCGAUGGGCGGGUGCCGCCGGACGAUCCGGCCCGGACGGCCACCAGCGCGCCGCCCAACUGUCCCCACAGACCGCAGGAGCAGCAUCACCCCCAGCCGCACCAACAGCAGUGGAAUUUGACGACGGACAACGCACACGCCAGCCUCCCCGGUGCCAUCCAGCGAAAGUCGCGCAGCAACGACCGCAGCAAAGAGCGGGCCGAACCCGGCCUCGAACCGGCCGACCACUACGGGGACGAUGGCGGAGGGCCCCGGGGCAGGGACUCCAGCGAGAAGCUUGUGGUGCACCUCAUCAUUGGCUUCCGUGAUAUCUGCGUGUUUACACUAGUGCUACCGCUCGGUACCUUGUUCGUAUGUUUCGUCUCCGCUUAUGUCUUCCAGCCAGAGGAAAUUCACGAGACGCACUGUCGGGUGUACAACAUCAUACCGUCAAUCAGUGCCAUCACUGGCGUUAGUCCACAGCGGUACCUGUGGCGUGUGUCGAUCGCACUCCACAUCGGGCCGCGCUUCAUCAUUGCCUUCGUCUACCGGAACUGGUACCGUGCCAUGGUUGCCGGACUGAACGAUCCCGCCCGUGUGACGAAAGCCUGCAGGAUGAUAAACAUCGUCUACUGGCUGAAUUUGGUCGAGAUCAGUGCACUAUGCGGUGUCACCUACAUCUCCAACAAGGAAAACUAUCCACUGCACGAGAAGGUGUUCAUCAUCUUCAUGACAACCUCGCUGUCUUACAUGCUGGCGACGCUGAAGCUGCUCAAGAUCCUGCAGCCGGACGGGCCGCAAACACCGAACGAGGAGUCGUCGCUGCGCUACAAGCAAGCCUUCUUCGCCCUCUCGAUCGCGAGCACGGUCGGGUUGAUACUGUUUUUCCUGAAGCAUCGCUUCCUGUGCCAGGAUCUCGCAUUCAGCUGGUUCGCACUGUGCGAGUACAUCGUCGCGUCCGCCAACAUGGGCUUUCACUGCACCACGAUGCUGGACUUCCCGACCGAGCACUUUCUGAUUGCCAAAAACGCGAAGCAGUACAAGAAGCAGCAAACGUCGCUCGGCUGGAAGGUGGACUGAGCGGGGGCACGGGCCCGAACCCAGACCGCACCCGAUCGAGCGUAAAGUGGGCGCCGGGUCGGCACGUGUACACAGAACCCUACUACUACUACAACUACUAAUUACCACUAUUACUACCACACAGACACCCUCGCCCACUUUCACAGUGAUUGUAGUAACUUUUAUGUGUUUCGUUAGGUUUGUUUUCUUUCCUCUUCUUUCGUUUCGAUUUUGUUGUUGUUUCGAUUGUUAUGGCGGCCGGUUUGCUGGGCGGGCCCGAACGUACUAACGGCGUCAGCCAUUUUGAACAUUUAAAUGUGUGGUUUCCUUGAUCCUCGCCCACAAACACGGGCACGAUCCGUCGUGUGGGGCACUUCUGCGUAGUAAACUCACACAGGCGGCGAGCUGCGUGCGUAACGCCGUUACCGUAACGCUGGUGCUAUUGUAACGCAAUGGAGCAGCAAUAGCUGAGCAGGUCGUUGAACGAGUGCGUUGUCACGUGGGGUCGUCCUUUAAUCCACCUGACCUUUUAGUGCAAAUGCAAAGGCGGAAGGUGUCUCGAUCUAAUAAUAUAACAUAAAUUUAUAUAUUUGUAUACAUAGAACUAUAUAAAUAUAUAUACAU